UAUUUUCACGUGUUUUGUAGUGCGGCUAGUUAUUGUGAGAAGUAGUCUUAAAAUAUUUCUGAAUACAACCAUGGAAAGCGAUGAUGAUUUCGGUCACCUUACAAGCAACCUUGCUAGGGACCUGCAGACAAAAACUGGACAAAAAGACACGGUUCAUGAAGAUGAUAAAUCGUCCAGCGAAGAUGAAAAACCAUCGAUCAAGUCAGAGAGUGACGAGGACGAAGUGGUACCCACCGUAGCCGCGCAUACAUUUGAUGAUGCAUCUAUAAAAUCAGAACCCGAAUCGCAAUCUGACGAUAAUCUCGAUCAUGAGGCGCUAAUUUCAAGCUACGUGCGCGCUUUAAAAUCUAAAAUGGGGUACAAGAAUGCCGCGUCAAACGAAUCGUCCGAUGAAGAUAAUAUUAAGUCUGAGCCGGAAACUGGCGAUGAUGAAAAUCAGACAAGAAAUCAAUCGAAUGCUGGGAAGGACCAAAAUAUGGAGAGUUCUGAAAUUGCCGCUUCCGCGAAAAAAGGAGGCAAAUCACCGGAAAAAGUAAAAAAGAAGCUGGCAAAAAAGCUUACAAACAAAAAGCAGAUUAAACCUAAAAUGCAGAAGAAAUCGAAGAACCAUGCAAAAGCGGUGAAAGAGGUGAAGAUUGAUAAACCCACUUCCAAGAAGGAAAAGAUGCUGAUGUCGCUUGUAUUUGGCGGCAAAGCAGCAUUUGUAUCGCAAUUGAGCACGCAGGAGAAGCAAAAGGAAAAAACAGCGCCUGCAACACAACCGAACGAAGAUAAACUAAAAACGGGCGACAAACGGAACCAAAAACGAUCUGCCAUUUGGCACGAUUCGGAUGAUGAUGAUGAAGAGGAUUCUUCGAACAUGAAGCGAAAUAAGUUCUCUCAGCAGGAAUUACCCGGACAGGUGACCAAACAAAGACGGCGCAAUCAGUUCGAACAGAUUGUUGGCAAACCCAAGUGGGCCGAUCUGGAUCGAGUUAAGGAGGUUGAUUCUGACGAUGAGAUCCUUCAAACGGUAGGUCAUGUGGUUAAGGGGCCAACCGCACAGGGACUGCCGAAAGGUACGAUCGAAUUGAAAAGGUUGAAGGAUUUAAGCCGCGAUGUGAAUAACAAAGGAGAAAUUUGCUCCAUCAUGUUCCAUCCGACAUCGAUGGUUGCGAUCAUAGUCGGUAAAGGUGGCCUGGUGUCGAUCGUUGCAGUAGAUGGAGUUCAAAAUGAGAAGCUUCACACGAUCGGGUUGAAGAAGACGCGUCUCACUUGCGCCAGUCUGUCGCCGGAUGGUAACGAAGUCAUUUUUGGUAGUUACCGUAAGACCUUUCACAUUUACGAUCUAAUCAGCGGCCACAGCGAGAGUCGUAAAAUACCGGAUAAGGAUACCUUGAUGAUGAACAAUUUUCGCGCAUCGCGAUGUGGAAAGUACUUGGCAUCAGCUGGAGAAUUUGGCGAGGUACAUCUGAUGAGCGCCAUAUCGAAAGACGUACUGCAACUGAUCCAGCUGAGCUACACGUGUUCGUCGCUAGCAUUUACACCGGACUCAAAAUAUCUGCUGUGUCACAGCACUGAUACGAAGGUGUCCGUAUUUUGCCUGCAGCAGAAGAGAGUAGUGAAUGUAUUUCAGGACGAUGGUUGUGUUAAUGGAUCGUGCAUAGCUAUCUGUCCAAAUGGGCAAUAUGUGGCUACCGGUAGCAGACAGGGCAUCGUUAAUAUUUACACGAUGGACGCAACAUUGACCCAGCAAAAUCCGGUACCGCUGAAGACCAUUAACAAUCUGACCACAUUCAUUGAUUCGCUUUCAUUCAAUGCAACAUCUGAAAUAUUGUUGAUUGCGUCGUCAACAGUAAAAAAUGCGGCAAGACUAAUUCACGUUAAAAGUGGAACGGUGUUCCGCAAUUUUCCGGUACAGAUGAGUGGAAUAGGGAUGAUAACGGCGGCCGAAUUUUCUCCUUCCGGCGGGUAUCUGGCACUUGGCACAAGAAAAAGCAAAGUUUCAUUAUUCAGAGUGAAAUAUUAUCCAAACUAUUAAGCAACCGUAAAU